CAGCGCAAGGAGAAGAUACUACAGUAGUAGACUGACUCCUCGGACCGAGCACGAGUAUAGUACUAGUACCUAUUGUAGCACUUAUCAGCUAUCUAUCAGUCCUUGCAGCACAAUGCAGCAUCCACGUGAGAAGGAGAUCUCUCGUGAUGGCAUGCUCGCCAGUUUCCCGACUGGUAAGGCUCUUACUGAUGUGACACUCAAGGGGAGAGACGGAGUAGAAGUACCAGCAAAUCGGUUUCUUCUGUCCGCAAGAAGCCAGGUCUUCAGAGGAAUGCUUUUGGGAGGUCCAGAGGUGUCGUCUCUUGGCGUGGAGCUUGACUUCCAGGGGAGUGUCUUACGGGCUGUUGUAGAAUAUAUUUAUACAGAUUCAGCUCCUAUGCUGAAUUGCAAGAAGCGAAAGAGCCCGGAUACAAGAACCUUUGAUUUCGAGCACAUCCAAUCACUGGUAUCAUUGGCAGCAGCUGCAUCCCACUUUCAACUAUCGGGCUUGGGGAAAUUAGUCCUCAAGAACUUCAAGCAGAUUUGGGCAGAAUAUCCAUGCUGGUCUUUUGCUGUCCUCCAGGCCUGCAGAAUGGCUGGGCCUUCCGUUCCUUGGAAUCUGCUGGUUGCAGCGUGGACUCGGGUGCGCGUGACACCAACUGAAACUAUCACCAAGGAGCAUAUCCAUUGUUUGAGUCCUGAUGUGUUGGAAGAGAUUCUCAAAGAUCCCAAAAUGCAAUUGACGGAGUACCAGCUUUUUCAGAUACUGAACCUUUGGAGGGGAGGCCAAGCUGACGUCGCCAGAAUCCACGAAGACAGCGACGCUGAAACCGUUGAUGAAGAUGACGAAGAUGACGAAGACAUCGACUACAUCGUGGUCGCGAUUCUGUCAGAGGAGAAGGUCAAGGGUGAUGGCGUCUUGUGCACAAUCUGCUCCGAAAUUCCUGCUUGUGUGGUGUACGAAGGAACUAACACAAAGAAGCACUGGAAGUACUGUUUGACCUGUCAAGACGAUGACUUUGAUGGAUGGCCUGAAAAGCUAGAAGACUACCCCAACAACCAACAUCCAACAUGCCAACACGAAGCUGAUUUACGAAAGCUCUGCUGCAAACCUGGGAGCUCUCCGUCCUUCAUCGAUCGAAGCCUUGACAAAGCUGAUUCAAUUGAUGAAGGCGACCGCAGUUCAAUUGCAAAGACACUUUCCAAGCACCUCUAUUUAGAAAAGAUUGACCCAAAAACUUUGUCAACGACAGUCACUGGCUCUGGUUUAGUCACGUCAGGACAGCUGUUGGAAGCCUUCAAGCAACAGGCCUUGGAGAUGAUGAACCAGGGGUCCGCAUCUGCGAACUGGUCUCAGGUUCGAUACAAACCUAAGGUAACAGAGAUUCCAGAUGCUCCAACUGAAAUCGAAAUGGAAAGGACCAGCUCUGAAUCGGUCAAAGGUGAUAGCGAAGGGUAAGUGUGCACGAGCCCGAAGCAAUUCCACCCCUCUUCGUUCGUUUUCCGCUGACGGCAUGGACAAGAAAUAAUCAACUUAUGCAUAUAUCUAAUGUAUUCAAAUCUAUACAUGUUUGCUUUGACAUCGUUCGAG